CUGGCACACAGUGUGUCAGUGUGAUUUUGGCUGACGGGGGAUUGUGGAGGAUUCACGCAGGAACCCGUACGACCCUCUCCUCUUUCCCCCUGUUCCACACCUUUCUCUCCGCCUCAUCUGUCAUCCUUGGUCUCGGCCGAUGGUUUUCUGAUCUGCGCCCCCUGCUCCCACCUCAGCAUCGGAUUUUUACGCUUCACCACCUCCGUCUCCUUGGCUGAUUUUUGGCUGAACCAGGGGGGGGCUGAUUCCCAGCCAACCUGCGGGCCGGGCCGUGCCGGGCUGUUUCAGCGAGCCUUGAUAAUUGCUGAAGUUGGCACCCGACGAUGAGCGCCUUGAAACCCGGGAGCGGGGCUCUCUCCGCGCCGGGGAGGAGGGGGCCCUGGUCCUGGCGGUUCCUGUGGUGGUGGGUCGCGGCGGUGGAGUUGGCGGUGGGCUCGGGAGAUCCGUGGAUGUCCGCGGAGGCAUGCCCGUCCUCCUGCUCCUGCAGCAGCACCAGGAUCUCCUGCGUAGAUCCGGAGCGGGGCAUCAACGCCUUCCCGAUCCUGCAGAGCGAGGCGGAGAUGGAGAACAUCACCGACAUUUACAUCGCCAACCAGAGCAGCUUCUCCUCCAUCAACGACAAAGACCUGUACUACUACAAGAAUCUCAGGAACCUAACGGUGACCAACAGCAGGCUCACAUAUGUAUCGAAGCUGGCUUUCCAAAACAACAUCAAGUUACAGUACCUGAAUCUGAAAGAUAACAACCUGUCAUCACUGUCCUGGAGGAUAUUCAAACACCUCAACAUGUCUUAUCUGAUCCUGUCAGGGAACCCUCUGCACUGCUCCUGUGAAAACAUGUGGAUCAAGCUGUGGUUAGGGGAGGAAGCAGACACUCAGGAUCUACGCUGCAUUGUGGACGGAGGAGGACGCAAGCUGCUGUCCAGACUGAUGCUGCCUAACUGUGAGGUACCCAUGGCAACUCUGAGCCCAGCCAGAGUGACAGUAAUGGAGGGGGAGAACGUGCAGCUGUCCUGUACAACAUCCGGUGUGCCCUCACCUGAGCUGAUAUGGAACAUGGCACUGGUCACCAACUAUGUGAUUGAGACAUCGGGACAGGUUUCGAUGCUGCGACUGUCCAACCUGUCGUCGCUGGAUCACAACAGCAAGAUCAGCUGCAUAGCUGAGAACAUUGUUGGCGAUAAGGAGUCCUCUCUGCUGCUGGAUAUACUCUUUCCUCCCAAAAUCACUAAACUGGGUGAUGCAGUCUCAGACCAUCACUGGUGCAUCCCCUUCAGCAUGUCAGGAAACCCAGAGCCGCAGUUACAAUGGUUUCUGGAUGACAAGGCGGUGACGGAGGAUCGCUACAUAAUGACCAUGAUCCAUGACAUCACAGAGCGGGAGUACCACGGCUGCCUGCAGCUGGACAGCCCCACACACCUCUACAAUGGGAGGUACAGGCUGUUGGCUAGAAAUAAAUAUGGGUCAGACGAGAGGGAGAUGGAGGCCCACUUCAUGGGGGAGCCCUGGGACGGCUGUGUUAUGUUUCAGAACAUCCCAGUGGAGGUGGUCUCACGCUAA